CUCGUCGCGUAGAAGGAGUAGUAGCCCAAGCUUAGGAAAGUGCGGGGGUUUUCACGGGAUUCCUUUGAGGGGCGUCCCUUCUCCAAAAAUCAACAGCCAAGGGCCAACGACGCGAGCAUUUUGACGUUAUUUUGUAGACGGUGGAAAACGAUUUUACGGUCAUUUUCGGAGUGACAGAUUUCGGUGCCUAGGUGGCACGUCUGCGUGAACUAGUCUCCUUGGACGCAUGACGUAAUUGUAUUGAUCGCGGAAGAAGAGCCGAAAGUCGCGUAUUCGCCAUCUUGGAAUCGAAUCGUGGAAAAGAAGUUUGCGUGGCUCCGCAAGCGCGAGAGUAGACGGUUAGAACUGUAAUCCGCGGCGAUCCGUGCGUUAAGUAGUUUUACUGGGAUCAAACCCGUUUCUCAACUUGAAACCCAUUUGGACGGACCAAGACAAAGGGUUCGUUCGUUGGGUCUGAGUGGUACUAAAUGGUUGCCCGCAGACAGCAUGUCUACUCUGUCGGGGAUUGUGUCGAAGGGGGAGAAAGGAAAAUCGAAGUUUCAGUCAUUAGAUAUCAAUAGUUUGUAUCGAGUGAGCAGGGGUGAAUCUUUGGAGCAACACCAGCAGAAAAGCACAUUACCCCGCAAACAUGGAAUGCAGAGUUUGGGAAAGGUGCCCUCGGCACGGCGACCACCUGCUAAUUUGCCCAGUUUGAAAAGUGAACACAGCAGCAGUGACCCGGCAGUUAGUUUAGUACCAAGCGGUGGAAGCGGUUGGGCCACUACUAAGGAUCCUGCAUCAUCGACUACCAGUACUACCACGACUACAGCAACUACACCUUCGGACACUACCACUACCAACGCAUCACCGGCACAAUGUGCUGCCGGGACCACUCCUGCAUCGACCACGCCACAACAUUCGUCACUGCCAGGGCAACAAAAUACCACACAAUCACCACAUUCUUCCGAAACCAGCAACAAAUCAUCAUGGAGUGCAAUCAUGAGCAGACCAGGCGAUGUUGGUGGGCCCGUCGUGGCAGCAGUGGCUGGUUACGCAGGGCUUGUAGGGGGCGGGAGAGGGGGACGAGGUGCCCUCGGACUGAGUUUCCUCGCCCAUCAGUCCCCGCAGUUCCAACACGAGUUUCCCAGUCUCAGUGGACAGCCCUCCGUCUCCGCCUCCACUCAGAGCCAGACUCAACAGUCCUCGACAACGUCCAACGCGAUCUCGGUCACUGUCGAACACCAAUCGUUGUUACAGCACCAGGUGUACUCCCACAGCCACUCAGGAGGUGUAGCAGGUCAACCUCAGCAACAGCAGUCGCAACAAAAUCGGGAGACCAACGCACAGUACGGUCCUGGCCUAAGUCUACGACCUCAAACCGAGGGAAGCUGGAUCCAAGGUGGCAGUCGUUCAACCAGUGGAACCGGGGCAGCUGGGUCCGGGAGUGGGAGUACUCCGGGGGCCCAGGGCCCCCCGCCCGGAGCCGCCGGAUCAGGACACGCCGAGGGACCCGCAGGAGGACGGCCCAACUUGGGCCAGUCGCCAAACAUGGCCAUGGCCCCGGCAGGCCCGAACGGAUCUCAAAACAAUCCAGGCCCUCUUCCUUCCGGCCCCCAUCAAGCCCAAAACAUGCACCAUUAUCGAGGACUCAUUCCUCCAUUUAUGUACAGAGGCAAUUUUCCUGGCGGUUUUCCCUCUCAAUUUCCACCAAACAUUGGCCCUGGAGGACCUCGACCCAGGUUCAACCAUCCGCCAGAACGCUUUCCGCCUCCACAACGCCAGCAGGAGCGUGAACGCUUCCCAGGUUCUCUGGAUGAGGAAAUAAUCCCUAGGCCCAUUAUAAAGGAAGAAGAUUUAAGCCGUAUGGAUGAUAUCUCUCGCGACGCUGGCUGGGCAGCACACGACGACAUCGAUUACAAUCAGAAAUUGACCUUCAGCGACGACGAACCGGAACCCGACCCUCCGAAAAAGGAAGAAAAACGGGAUAUCAAAGAUGAAAAGUCCGUGGAGAUUCCCCCAGAAGACAGAGAAAAACCAAGGGAAAAUCGCGAUAGAGAUUCGAAAGAUGCUCGGGAUCAAUCUUCUCAUCGUUCUUGGAACCAGGCUCCUCCCCUCUCUGGGCCACGCGAUUUCCGUGGGUCGAAUGGCCCCUCCAAUUAUUCCUCGCAACAACAAUUGCGUUCUACACACCCUCUUAAGGCUGUCGAGGAGGAGGAGAUAUGGAAUCAGAGACGUCGGGAACAAGGCGAGAAGGUGGCAUCCGCUGUCGAACGAGCUCGCCAGCGUAAAGAAGAAGAAGAGAAGCGAUUCCAGGAGUUGACUAAGCAAGCAGCGAACAAGAAAUUACACGAUUUAGAACAAAAGUUGAAGGAAAAGAAUCAGGCCAAGCAAAAGGAAGAGGAAUCCAACACUACAGCCGAAUCGAAGUUCAUGAUCAGUGUUCCGCCCGUGCCCAUUCCCUUACCCGAGUGGGAACGUGAGAAAGAAAACAGGGAACGGGAAAGUCGGGAAAGAGAUAAGCCUCGCACAAUUUCCGAAGGAAAAGACGAAAAACCCAGUAACGAAUUUCGCCAUGGACCGGCGCAACCCGAUCGACCAGUGUUUAACAGACAGCAAGAUGCUCCCCACGCAGAGCGUGAUCGCGAACGGGAUCGAGAUCGUGAUCAAAGGGAGAUGAGAGACCGUGACCGUGACCGCGACCGAGACCGUGAGCAGUCGUUUUCUCGUCAUUACCACGCCAACUUACCACCUAGGCUUCAAAAACAGCAGGCAGAAAGAAGCGGUUCCGCGUACAAUCGAACUUCGCCCAGCACGGAAAGACCUCCCUCUCAGUCCGCCUCCUUCUCGCAACAAUAUGAUCCUGCCAAAUGGGCUAAUUGCAAUCAUUCUGGGCCGUUGAGUAGCGGCAUAAAAUCGACGCACCCGGCGCCACCACCACAACGCCGCAGCAGGACUGACUCUGAUGUGUCCAAUCCGGUAGAUGAAGAAAGAUCUCCUUCCCGAAGUCACCGUGGACCACCCCCUAGAGAUGAGCGUUAUCGUCAUUCAGUGCACAGAAACUACGACAGUCGCAAGGCCAGCGGCUAUCAUGAUGACUAUAAUCGUGGUUACAGAGAAUACGAAUACGACGACAGGCAUGGUCGCGAUUCUUGGGAAAGAGAAAAGCACUACGACGAUAAGGAACGCGAUGCUAGAGAAUCUCGUGACGCUAGAGAUGUCCGUGACACAAGGGAUGCCCGUGAUACUAGAGAUGCUCGUGAUACCAGAGAUGCUCGGGAUGCCAGAGACGUUCGCGAUGUUAGAGACAACCGCGACAUCAGAGAUUCACGCGACAGGGAUAAUCGAGAUAGUAGAGAUAGUAGAGACAGUAGAGAAAGCAGAGAGAGCAGGGAGAGCAGGGAUGGUAGAGAAAACCGAGAAAACCGAGAAAGCAGAGAGGGCAGAGAGGGCAGAGAGAACAGAGAGGGUAGAGAAACCAGGGAGAGCAGGGAGAGCAGAGAUAAUAGAGACAAAAAGGACUACGAUAAUUACUCUAAACAGGAAUCCUUCGACGAGCGCGAGCCAAUGAGAGAGCGCCCGGAAGCUACCGAAUGGCGAGAAGAGCGUGCUCCCCUGGAUCGGCAAUCCGACAGCAGGCGUGACAUCAACUCCAGAGAGGAUCGCGCCGAGAGAAGCGAGCGUCCCCAGAGACCGGACUCGCGAGAUAGUCGUACUUCCCGCGAAUCGAGAACGUCUCUACGCGACGACGAUUCUCACAAGUCUCGCGACACCGGCUUGUGGAUCAACGACAUCCCUGACUACGAGGAAAAGAAGCGAGACAUAUACCGCGAAGAUACCAGAGAAAGGGAGAGAGAUCGAAGGUGCCCGCCAGGCCCGGUGACCAGAGAAAAGCUGGAGGCCGACGAACCCAAGGGAGAAAAGCGAAACCUGACUCAAUUAAAGCGUGCCAACUCGGAGGUGGAAAAGAAGGACCUCGCGAAGGAUAUGCCUUCAAUGGAGUCAAAGAAGGAAACCGACACGUGGAACAGGAAAAUGGAACGUACCCCGGAGAACAGUAGAGCUAUCGACAGAGGCAAUUCCCCGAAGGCUUGGGCAGAUGCCGUCUCACCUACUUUUGAAAAGGAAGAAGAGAAACUACUGGAGCCCAUUAAAGACGAUAAAGACACGUUGGAUCUGAAGCAGAGCAUGGAGAAGUUGAGCCUGGACAAGAGAGACGACGUCCUUAUCGAGGAGAGCAAGGAAGAGACUAAGGACGAAAAGCGAGAGAAGAACAUACGGAAUAGGACGAACAGCGGCGGCUCAAGAGGACGAGAACCUCGCGGUGUACGCCCGUGGGGUGGCGGCUAUAACGUCGUGUAUCACCGCGCGUGGCGUGGUCCAGAGUCCAGAGGACGACGCGGUGGUUCCAGAUCUAUGGCGAGACCAGGAUCUGCCAGGAGUGGAUCUUACGGGCAUACGGAUUCCGAGAUGAGCGGCGACGAGGUCUCGGGAUCUACCGAGUCGGGAAAGGAAGAGAGGAGAUCCUCGGUCAGAUCGCCAAAGCUGUCGUCCCAGAAGCUGGAAAAGGACGACCGUAACCGGGAGGCCUCGCGGCGCGAGGAGAAGAGGAGCGAGUACUCUCAAUCACGCACCGAGAAACGAGGAUACGACAGCAGGUCCAGUCGAGAAGGAUUCGCGCCCUCGGGGGAACCCUCCCGUCGGGGACGAGGGGGGUUUCGACUUCGUGGCGCCACAACUGGAGGUCGGAUGGAGGGAUACGGACCUCCCCCGAGCAAGAGUCCAUUUUCUUCCGAGCGAAGCACAGAGGAGAAACAGGGUGCCGGCCGUCAGGGCUCGCCUACGCCUGCCUCGGAGAACGACGCGAACGCUCUCCCCGGUCAACAGGAAUCGAACGACGAUAAAAUCAUAGCAAAGCAGCAGGCGCUUACGGCUGGUAUCACCGGACGACAUGCAAAGUCACCGAACCAGUCGGCCCAGCAAGGCGGUGUCAAACAGGACGCUGGUCACCUGAAUUCGGGGCAUGGUGGUCCGUUGUCCAGGUCGCAGUCCAGGAAAGACGAAUCCCGAACCAAAAGGAAUCACAGUGGAAAUAGAAGAGGACGAGACAGUCGCGAGGCCCGGUUUCGUAGUGGCGGUGCCAAUAUCACGAAGCAGAACUCUUCGGACGUAGGUAACGAGGAUUGGGAAACGACAUCCGAAAACAGCGAGGAGCAAAUAGACGAUCGAAAGCCUUCCCGCAGCCACGGGAAGUCGUUGUCGAGUCGCGGAAGCCAGAGUGCUAACCAAAACUCAGUGAGCAAUAACUCACAGGCACGUAAAAGUGAGCAAUCCGUGAAUAAUAGGGAGCAACGCGACAAGAACUUGAAGUCUUCCAAUGCAUCCUCGCGAGCGCCCGGAGCGGAGAAACGCAACGUGCAAAACUCUACGUUCAACAGUCAACGAAGUCAUUCCGGUAACAUACCACCCCUAAUGCAAACCAGUCAGACUCAAAACGGCCGGCCGAAGAGUCAAGGUUCGGCUAACGGUGCCUCGAUUUCAGGAAAGCCCGUUAAGGAGAGCACGGUCAAUCGCGUCGAUGAAAUCAAACUGAACGACCCCAGCUUGGUCAACCAGGCUAUCAACGACAUCAACAAGAAGGUUCAAGCCAAAGAAAAGAAAACCGUGGACGGCGAUGCGGAGGUCAACAAUUAUUCUGGGGGAGACGAGGGAAGCAACGUCGCCGAAGACAAAAUGGACUCUGACGGUUUCCAGGAGGUGCGUUCUAAGAAGAACGUCAAAGAAUCUAGGCACAGCCAGAAGGACGAAUCCAAGCCACCGAGACGAGAAAAGGAAAAGGACAGGGAACGGGACAGAUCCAAGUCUAAGUCGAACGGCCCACAACCGACGCCUCAGCAGGUUCAAAACAUCCCGCCCUUGUUGGGUCAGCCAAUAGCUCAGCCGACGAACAUGCCUCAGAAACAGUUCGACAGGAAUACGAAUCGCCAGAAGUUGGCACCAAGAUUUGCCAAACAGAAAUUGGCCAAACAGCAGCAACAGAUGACAGGAGGAGACUCGAACGAUUCGGGUAAAACGAGCAACUCGACGAGUAACUACUCAAAGGACUCGUCCGGUGGUCCUGCACCACCUCCAUCCGUCAAUGCCUGGGAUAAGCCGUUUACCAGCCAGCUGCGGUCCAACUCACCCUCGGCGGUACCAGCCGAUAUACAGUUGAUGUCAGGUCUUACCGGACAGACCGAUCAUAUACACGAAGGCAAUGAACAAGCUAAUUCUGGAAACAGCAGCCAGCGGAACUCUCCUAGUGGUGACAAACCCGGAAAGUCUACAAAGGAACCUGUCGGAGAAAAGAACGUGUCGGACUCGUCGUCGCCUCCGGUACAGACGUUGAUAUUCGAGAACACGAAUUACUCGAAAACCACGAAGACUGGCCCGUCUGAUCUUGCUACGAAGAAUAAAUACUCGAAUCACAUAAAGAGCCAGGGAAGGACGGACAAACGAGGAGAAAUGGAAGAAGACAGCAACCAGCUGCAACAUCAACAGCAAGCGAUGUCCGUAGCUUUCUCGAACAAGCCUAAUGAGCUGAUCAAGGACAAGUCUCAGGAGCCUAUACAGAUGCCGCUUUCCUUUAAUAAGAGCGAGGACAACGCCGAUAUGAAAUUGGAUUUUACUUUCGAUUCGGAUCUUUCUCAGCUGACCGACGACAAGAGCAAGAGCCUCGGUAUGCCCCGAUCCAUGCACAUGACCGGCGGGCAAAGCACUAUCUCACCAUCUACGGCGGAGUUGAACUUGAAGAUCGCCUCCGUGAAGAAGGUCUGGGAAAAUGCCCCGCCCAUGCCUACGGUGGUUGAGCACGAAGACGGAAACGUGGUGAGCACCGCCAACAGCUUCCCCCAGGCCUUUGAAAGCGGCGACGUCGACGACAGUUACAGCCCUCAUCAGCAAUACAACCAGGGCAACAUGAAGAACGAGAUCACCACUUCCACAAAUGUAUGCAAGCUGGUUCCCCCGCAGGUGAAGCCGCAGCAGCAAUCCUCGGGCACCGGUGGCCCCCAGCCGGGGUCAGCCGUUCCCGGGCCUAGUCCCAUAGGACCUGGACAAAGUCCCAUUGGACACCCCCCGGCGAGUCUUCAAGGCCCUCUUAGCCCGCCCCCCUUCAAUUCAACUGGACAGCCUUCUCACAUUAAUUACCAGGAGUUCCCGCAAUACCCCGGAUCCCAGGCAGCCCAGUAUGGAAGCAUGUCUGCGAUUCCAUCGCCACCGGCGGUGCUAUUCAACACUGGCUCCGGUCAACUACCAGCCCAAGCAAGUGGCCUCUACGGAGCUUUUCAACUGGAUCAGAGCCGGUCCCCCUUCACGCAGUAUCCUCCUUACGCUCCGUCCCUUCAAAGUUCAUUCAACCAGCAGAACGUCUAUUUGCAACAACCGCCACCUCCGCCGCAUGCUCCAAAUGCGCCGACGCCUGACAUGUAUCAAAGCAACUUGUCACAGUACAGAAUCACUGCUGCUGCUGCGCCUCCUUUCGCACAGAAUCAACAGUUGAGCAACAAUCCGAACACGGUCCUGAUCAGUUCGUCAUCGAAUUCUUUAAUGUCAGCAAGCGUAAAACCUUCGUCACAACCGAUCGGUGCUAUUGGCACAAAAGCCCCGCAUUACCAAGCGGCUUCAGCACCUCAACCGAAUCAAGUGGCAUACAUUCCUUACGAUCCCAAUCAAGUAUUGGGCGUAAGUGGCAGCUACAUGGGUAAUUCUCAACUUGUUCAAAGACCAGGUCCUAGCGUACAGCCUUCGGCAAAUAGCUACUACAGUGCUACAUCUGCCGAUGUAUUCCCUGGAUCGCAAACUGGUUUUUACCAACCUGGCGGUGCAGCCCAACAAACAGGAACUCAUUAUGGUCUCCAAGGUUUUGGGACACAUAGCCAAAGUUUGGGUACAGGCAGUGCCACUCCUGUACUCCAGAACUUUAACUCCCAGUUUCUAUCGAAUUCAGGAUUGCAAAUUGCUGCGGCAGCUGCAGCACAGCAAUUUCGUAAUCCUAAUGGAGGUUUACCCGGCCCCGCAAAUGCGGCCGCUACGUUUCUCAGCAAACAUCAACAACAAGAGCAACCUAGACAAUUGAAGAGUCCUUCGGGAAAUCAACAAGAUGUGCUUGCAUCGGUUUUUAGCUCAACACCACAAAUUCCGUCGCCAAAGUCACGGAAUUGUAAGCAGCAAGCAGCAUCGCAACAACCACAACCAAGUCCGACGCAGCACCAUAAAUACCAACAAUAUCAGGGCGUUGGUCAGUCUGCUCUGGUAAGCAGCUACAAUAACUAUGUCCUUCAACAAAAUGUACGUGGAAUGGGCAUGCCACCUCGUGCCGGCAUUCAACCAUCGCAACAACGUUAUCCACCUCCGAUUCAAAGGCCGGUGGUGCCAUUCCCACCAGGUCCAAACCCAAAUAAUCCAACACAACAGCAACCAAAUUGCAUGCCGACUCAGCAACAAACUCAAAUCAAUCGGCACAGGCCGAACAUGCAUCAACAGCAACAGCAACGCAAUAUGAAAAUGCAACAACAAUAUUACUCCGGACAAGGUAACGUUAAAAUGGAUUCUAGCGAUAAGAAUGAUUCACACAGUGAUAAGAUUACGGACGGCGGCUCUGGAAACCAAACCGUAGGUAAUAAGUCCAACGUGAAUCAACAGGACGGCGACAGCAAGGAAGAAGUAAACCAGCAAAAUGAGUAAACGUCGGAAAACGUCGUUUCCAAGAUGUGCGAACUUAUUCAUUGAUUCUAAACGAUGACUUUAAAACUACAAAUUGAGGCUACUUUAAUUAAAACGUGAGCGAUCAAUUUCAAGGGCUGUCCUCUUCGAGAGCGUCGUAGACCGCGCAAAUAAUCAAUUUUCAUGCACGCUCAAUCACUCUGGUCAUGACCGUGUUAACUUUUUACGACCGCCGAGCGUUUUCUUUUUUCUAAUGAAAACUACGAUAGAGCCUCUGGCGAGACACAUUGGAAUGAAAAACUAUAAUAACUUAUGCAAUCAUCUGAUUUAACAAAAGUGUGAUCUUAGUGGACACUUCGAAACGUUAACGAUGAUCACAUCUCGGAAUAUAAAGACAAAGACAUUUGAAAAGGCGAUGUAGCGUUCUACGUUCCAUCUCGUGCGUAAAAAUGACUAUUAGUGCGAGGCUCGUCAGGCCUCCAAAAAAGUGUAUUCCAUACGAAAAAAAAAAGAGCAUCUAACGGAACGAAUGUCCGUAACUCGUCGCGAUUGCAAUUACGAGGCGUGCACUCGAGACGAAAGCGUGGAUCACCGGAAUGUGCCUCGGCAAAGUGCACGUACUACUUUCGAGAAGGGAACGAAUAAAAGAAAUUGACGCGCAUCGAUGCGACGAUCCGAAUAAUUCGCGAAGCAGGAAAGUGAAAACCCUAGGCAUCUGGAAAAGACUGUUAUCAGUGCUCAAACGUAUGGCUCAUUGACGCGAAAAAGAAGGAUUUAUCGGAGAGAUCUGCCUUGAAUCAGCUAAGAGACUUUCGUGCCCAAGGCGCUAAAACGGUAGAUUUUUCAUCGCACGUGUUUAUAAUGGAAGUGCGAUCUCGAUACAUGCAACGAGACGAGACUAAUCGGUCAAAUAAGAGCAAGACGAAAAGUGCGAAGGGGGCGCGAUCACACACAAACACACACACGGUGUUUUAUGGAUUGGUACGACCUCGAUAUUUGUUAAAAGUACUAAAAUCAUUAGCAUUAUGUAUUUAAAACGAAAAAAAGUGCCGCACGUGUCACGGAGGAUCGCGCAUCGGUGUACCGAGACUUCGCAUGCGGCUAGGAGUCCCCCUGUAUCGGAUUAAACGCGUAUACAUAUAUAAUCUCGUUAUGUCGCUAACGCGCGAAUGAAUACCACGAAUGAAUGAAUUGUAUAUUCCCUGCUUUUCGUUGCAGAUCUCUCGAGUUAUUAUAGACGAAAUGAUAACGAAGCUUAUAAAAAUAAACGCUAGUGUUUACAAAAUGAAAUCACGAUUACUUCGUCGUUCGAGGAUCGAUUCUUCGGCGUGGCUCAGGGUGCGGCUCGCGUUCGUAAGCCCCUUUGGUCGGACUCUCUUAGUCGGACACGAACCGUAAAAAGAAGACAAUUAUCGGAGGAUCAUUCACACCAUGUACUGCCAGUCGUCCGAGACGACAAAAACUCGAGACGUUUUUCCCUCGAUUCGUGAGUCACCGAGGUGCAACCGGGGUCGAGGAGAAUCGGUCACAAGAUUCGCGGAGAAAACCGUUUUUACUUUUUAACUAAACUUGCGCGUGACUGUGAUUUAUGCGCCUCGACCGCGAAAAGUACCGCCUGGACGAUUGGCCGCGAAUGACUAUUCAGGCGAUACGUUUCGUUUGCGCGAAGAUUCAAAGGUGUACGCGCGCGUUCCCUGACUUUCUCAAAGGGAACGGCGACAUGCCCGGAACAUGCUUCUGUCCGACACGUUGAGACGAAGAUUGUCAAGGCGGGACCCGGACUCGUUCGAGAAACACUUGAGAAAAUGACCGGAUAAUAUCGAAUAUACGCCGGAUAUAUGGAUGACGGAUCGCUUUCGGCGCACUGCCGCACAAAGUACACACAUAUGCCGGCGUGUAUCCCAAGCGUUGCAAGACCGAGACGUACGUCUACUUAUUUAAGGAUAGACCCGCGGACGUUGGAGAGAAGAUGCUUGUAAGACUUCCUUACUCAUCCUACUACUAUUACCGACUAUUACCGCUAGUACUACCGCAACACCACAAUUAUUGCAUCAUUAUUAUUAUGAUUAUUACCUUUAUUAUUCUUCUUAUAUGAUUACUAUUAUGGUUAUUUUCUUAAGUCUACCGUAACUGCUGUACGUGUACACUCGGCGGGUGUCGUGGGCGGAUGUUAAAACGCGAGCGAACGAGUUGCAUAAGAGAAAGAAAGAGUUGCACGAUUUACGAAGAUAUGCCGUUAGGGUACUAUACAGAUUUAUGGAAGGUGUUAGGGGAGAGUGUUUAAUUACGUCUCUACUCGAUGCGUAAGAAGCGUCGGAAAUGAAUGUACGCGUUCCGAAAGCAAAUCGGGGGUGUCUCGAGAAAACGUCACGGUGAAGGCGUUCAAGAGCAAUUUCGAAGGACCUAGCAGAAGUUUAAUCGUGGAAUCUAAUAAACCCAAGGUCUUUCGAUGCUCUCGGUACGCCGCCAUACCGGGGUCACAGGGUCAUUUGGCUUUUGACCGUUGAUUAAUUCAUUAAUUCACUCCCGCUUGGCGAAUUUGACGGCUUCGAGCAUCGUAGCCUCUCGAACCCUCGAUAAAUUCCAGAGAGAGACGACGGUGCUCGAAACGUUCUAAGCGAAUAACUAAUGUAAGAGUUUCGCCACGGUGAAUGCCGGGCACGCGAACAAGGUAGCCCUUUCCGACCCGACUUACGCGUCGCGUCAAUCGCUCGUGAGAUGGUACUUCUUAAAUUGUGUCUUGGGCAAAUGGCGAGGGUGACUUUGGGUCCGCUUUCUUUUUUAACGAAGCCACCGAGAUACGCAUAUCGUUCAACUAUUCGGGUAUUAGCCAACCCGAAGCCAGAGAGGCGCAGACUUUUCUCUGGGUCGCGCAGGACGACGGAGGGAUUGCUCGUGCAGAUACGGUCCGAGAGAGAUCUCUAAUUAUUGCCACUGACAAUACGCGACCUGUAGAUAUUGUUUUAUUUCAAAGACUGAGAGACUCGUGCGUAUUGUCUUUGCGUCAGGGCGACAAGUCGAGGGACGGGAAAUGGAUCGGAGGGGGAAAGAGAACGAGUCGACUGCGCGUUCCACCCGGCCUCGAGGUUGACGAGUCGGAAGGCAAUGUUGUUCGAACGAUAGUAAAACCGUACUCGGAAUGAUUGCACUCUUCCCGAUGUGGGGAGACGCGGACUCCCGAGGACCCAAGUCCCGAAUUGCGCCUGUAAUUUUAUCUAUUUGUAGUUAGCGACAUGACAACAGUAACUUAUAUAUUUACCUGCUAAACUAUAAUAAAGUUAUUAAAGGCAUGGAAGCACUAUGGUUAAUUAGUAGAUCGUGUAUUUACGACUGGGAGAACCUAAGGGACUGUACGCGCGCGAGGACGAGGCGACACCUACCUUUAGGCUCGGAUAUGGAAGGACGAGUCCGCUGCUCUACCGAACGCAUAUUAUAACUCGUGUAAAUGUUAUUUAAAACUCGAUACUUACGAUCGGCUGUCUAUGUCAAACUGUUUUUAUCUUGACGCGGGCAGAACUUGCGCGAAACCGGAUACGCCCGACGCACCGAUUCUAACCGAUUAUAAUUAUAACGACGAACGCUCUUUUAGGCGAAUCUUGUAGCUCUCGCGAGACUCGGUCGAAACGGCUUUUGCCGCAAUCGCGCGUACUUCUUUUACGAAGAAACUACCACACGAUGCAUUUUGCUUUUUAUACGUCUCUACUGGUUGAUGUUACGACACGUACAAAAAUUGAACCCCAGUCCUGGCAAGGUACGCGAACGAAGCGCCGCGAAAUCGCGAGGUCAUGUUUUAGGAGUAAUUAGGGUCUUGUAUUCGUUGGUUGUUUAAGUGUAUUAGGAGAGACUCGAUACACGUUUGUUAUAGUGAAAAAGUAUUGCGACGCGUCGGCGACCGCUCGAGAAUCCACGUCGAAGUUCGCCGCUCGGCGUGUGACAAGUAAUUAAUUAUGAAAAAUUAUACGAGAUGUCGCUGAUUCCGAUUCCGAGAGGCGCGAAGUAAUCGGGCGUACUUUCAAUUGGGACGCAAUUUUUCAAUGAAUUAACCGAUGCGUCGCACCUAUCAAAAACGCGUUACGGGAAGAACGGGAACGGCGAGCCACGCGUGCAUCCUAGGGAGCGAGCGUAUUUUUUAUUGGUAGUAACGUGCAUGAUUUUUCUUUUUAAUCGCAAUCGUGUGCAUGUAUACGAUCUCUACGUUGAAACGUGAAUUACCAGAAGGAAUACGAGCGAAACUGGGAUCGCGCACUGUGGCUCGUAUGACCGUUUUUAGAGAAUUUUGGCAAAGGGCGGUCGAAAGAAAUUUCCGAAGAAUAUAUCGUUCCUAAAAUUAUUCAAAGGGACGAACUGAUUCUCAUUUGGGGAACGGUAACUCCAUAGGAUAAAUCGAACGUGAAAGAGCAACAAACGAAAUGAAAUGGUGGCUGCGAGCGCUGGAACGUAUACAUUUACAAUUCCGCUACUGUACACGGGUCUUUUAUGUUUGUAUUAACAAUUAUUGCUACCGUGAUUUCCGUGUUGAAAGAUAUAUGCGUAAAAUAGUAGAGAAAAGAAACAUACCGUAUAUGCUAUUCUUAAGAAGUAAUGGUCGGAAUAAGAAUACCCAAUAACGAAAAUAAAAAAAAUUCAUUGCUA